UCCAUCUUCUUAAAGGUUCAACCCUGUGGGUGAGCUUCGGGCCGGGUUUCUUUCUUGCUUGGCGGUUGCACAGAGCCAGCAAAGAGGUUGCCGACGCCGCAAUGGCGGCCUGCGGCCCGCGCUCCCGUCAAUCGCCGGGAGGUGGCGCGCUCUGCUCAGAGGCCAACGUCAACCUUCUCCCUGUUUUUCCCCCUUCUCACUUUCUCCCCCCCUCUCGGAGGCUCGCAUUGAAUCGGCCCUAACGAUUCUCCGAUCGUCAUUAUUUGUAACCAUAGAGCAUGAAUUACCUCUUGAGGUCAUCAGCGAGAAUUUACGACUGGUCAACAAAAGCACGUGAUUCCCUAACGCCCCCCCAUCCCCCUUCUAACCCCCCCCAUAUUUGGCCGCAUACAUAGCAAAACGAAGUACAGUGCAUCGCUAUAAUUCAUUAAUACAUCAUAAAUCGUGAAGCACAGGGUUAUAACGACCACGAUCCACAAAUCAAGCCCUCCAAAAUCACCCAAAUGAGCUCGUACUUUGUAAACUCCUUCUCGGGGCGUUAUCCAAAUGGCCCGGACUAUCAGUUGCUAAAUUAUGGCAGUGGCAGCUCUCUGAGCGGCUCUUACAGGGAUCCCGCUGCCAUGCACACCGGCUCUUACGGCUACAAUUACAAUGGGAUGGAUCUCAGCGUCAACCGCUCCUCGGCCUCCUCCAGCCACUUUGGGGCGGUGGGCGAGAGCUCUCGCGCCUUCCCCGCGUCCGCCCAGGAGCCCCGCUUCAGGCAGGCAACGUCCAGCUGCUCCCUGUCCUCGCCCGAGUCCCUGCCCUGCACUAACGGCGACAGCCACGGCGCCAAGCCCUCUGCUUCGUCCCCUUCCGACCAGGCGACCCCAGCCAGCUCCAGCGCCAAUUUCACCGAAAUAGACGAGGCCAGCGCGUCCUCUGAGCCCGAGGAAGCGGCGAGCCAGCUAAGCAGCCCGAGCCUGGCUCGUGCACAGCCAGAGACCAUGGCCACCUCUACAGCCGCGCCCGAGGGGCAGACUCCACAGAUAUUCCCUUGGAUGAGGAAGCUUCACAUCAGCCACGAUAUGACUGGGCCAGAUGGAAAAAGGGCUCGGACCGCGUAUACUCGCUACCAGACCCUGGAGCUGGAGAAGGAAUUCCACUUCAAUCGCUACCUGACCCGGCGGCGACGUAUUGAGAUCGCCCACGCGCUUUGCCUGUCCGAGCGUCAGAUCAAAAUCUGGUUCCAGAACCGUCGCAUGAAGUGGAAGAAAGACAACAAACUGAAAAGUAUGAGCCUGGCGACAGCCGGCAGCGCCUUCCAACCUUGAGCCCAUCCGGAGGAGCCCUGGGCGGCCCAAGAGCCCGCACCACCCCCAACCCGACCCUUCCAAUCUUCCCUGCACUGUCGCUGCCCGCUGGGGACCAGUUCCCAUGAGCCUGUCACACCCCAGCCCUGUGUUACAAUUUUUCGUUUGGUCUUAGGUCUUCCCUUGGCUCCCUCUCUCCUGGACUGGUUAUCUUGUUAUUAUUGUUAAUAAUAAUAAUAAUUAUUAUUAUUUUUCCCUCCGUGCUCCCCACUUCUCUUGGCUCGCCCCAAGUUGCCAGUGUUUCUGAAUGUCCUCGUGUCUGUGGUUGCCCUCCUUUCCCCAGGAAAAAGAAAAGAAAAAGAAAUUCGCAUGUUUAAUGUGACUUCCCCUCCCCGUCUGUGUUCUAACUUAUUUAUAAAAGGAUGAUGGCUGUAUUUUGAGUUUCUGCUGGAAACUUCCAUAAGGGGCAGCAGUUGAGGUUGGGUAGUGCUGGGCCCAGCUGAGCUGGCCUGGGAAAUGGAGUCCAUGACGAUUGUGUCUCUUUUCUCCCACCUCAUCCUUCUUCAGCCCCACCCCUGCCCCCUCCCUAGGCUCAGGUAGCUUGAUCCUUGGGGUGGGAAGGGAGCUGGGGAAGGAUCGAAGUGUGGAUAUUGAGAAGAGGAGAGAAAGAGAGCAAGAGUUAAGCUCCUGCUGCUUGGUAGGCCCCACAAGGCCUAGUCUGGAAAUGUAUGGAAUCAGAAAUAAUCCUCAAUGUAAAAUGUCUUGUGAUUUUUUUUCUCUGUGAAUCCGUGGGUCUGGCUAGAAGGCCCAAAGCUUGUAAAUAUGGGGGUAGUCUGGGUCAGGCCAAUCACUCCCUCUCUUACCCAUUUGUAGUGAGCGAGUGGGUACUGUGCCCCGUGUGAAAUCUGUCUUUGCCAGGCCUGUCUCAGUGAUUAGCUUUUGGUAUGUCUGUAGCUUUCCUUGAAGUUGAAUAAAUGUUUCCCCACUCCA